AUGCGCAGGAAAUCACCCGCGAACAACGACGUCCACAUGGACGGAGAUCAUAAUACGCCACGAAAUGACGACGACGAAAAUGAGCGAAAAGACGCUCAAGAGGGGGAGGGACUGCCAAGUCGAAAAGACAAGGGCAAAGGAAAGGCUGUGACAAGAACCAUAGCCGAGCUGGAUACGUUUCCAGCAGCCCCAUAUGAUCUGGGGCAACCCCGACAGCAGGCCUGGAUAAACACAGGGAUAGGGUGCAUGAACUGUGCAAACACAGAAUGCACCACAUGCAUCGGCUUUACCAGCCAUUUCAUGGUAGGUAUUAGAAACAACAACGCACGAGCCGAUCGAAGGCUGAUGGCCCGGGACAUAUGCCCGGAAAUAUUCAAUGACUACGACAGGCUGUAUGAUACAGCCAAGAGGACGAUAGAGUCCGACAGAGACGAACUCGAGGAAAUCGACGGGAAAUUGACCCGAUUAAACAACUACGCCGAUUGUGUUGAACGUGAGCUGGACGAUGCACGCGCCCGAAUUAAAGAACUAGAGGCAUCACAAGACGACACCCAUCGGCACAACCGCCGAAAAACGCGACUGUCGCUGUCCCCAGGACGGCUGGCCUCAGAUACGGCCAGUUCACAGAUGGAUUCAUCAAUGGGUAUGGCAUCUCAGCCACGAUCGAGCCUGUCAGUAGCCAGUGGGCUCAAAAACGAGUAUUACGACCUAAACUCAGACUACGGGGAAUCCGAGGCUUCGGAUGCAAAAGAGCCCCCGCGUUAUGCAAAGGCAGCCGAUAACACGACAAUCGGCCAAAUCGGCGGACGAACGUCUACUACCGAAUUUCCCCCGCUACCACAAGCGGGACCAUCCAACUAUUCACGGACAGCGGCUGCCCAUAGUCUAGUAGGGAGAAUCAGCACGGGCACAGCUCCACGAGGGAGCGAGCAACCCAUGCUCCCCGAAAACUCUGCAGCAUGGGCAGAGAUGGUACAAGCCGCCCAAAUCCAAGAUAAUUGGGAUGCAUACAACAGCUGCAGAUCGGUAGUUAACCUAGCAAAUCAGCUAGCAAGCGACAAAAAGCCCAUGAGAGGCUUUAUGAGAGCUGCGCUACGAACAUGGCGAGCACCCGAAUGGGUCAAAAGGGCUAGGAACAUACGCCCGCUACCAAGAAUCACGGUAGCAUCUAGCAGCACCACAGCUGCACCUCACCUCGAGGCGACAAACGACUCGCCUCCCAUUCCAGUAUCAGUGUCAGGAGCAUCGGUCCGCACGGAAUCGAGGCCCACUACGGGAUAUCAAGCCCCGAGCAUGGACGCACCGCCAGAAGCAUGGUGUGCGUACGACUACUACUUUAGACAUGUCAAGGCCAUGUCCGCAGGACUGGGGGACAACCCCCUUGACCUCAGGACGCGACGAGGGCAUCGUCUAAUACGACGAACAGGACCAUCGCCCGCUACAGGAGAUUUCACCCUAGAACGUAAUCGUUCGGUGUAUGCGGAACGUGCUACCACCCUGAUCGCCAUGCCUGGGAGGUACCAGGCCGUCAUAAAUCGUCUGGGACUAACCGUUCCCUCAUUAUACCAGCCAGUACAUUACACUGGACCACUCGACAACCUCACCACAGAGGAGGUGGCGGCACAUCUAGCCGCAUGUGGGGUCAGCAUUGAAAUGGCGAAUGACGCCUGGAUGUUUGCGCGACAAUGGCUACUCGAUCCACGGAACGAAAAUCGGCCUAAUACAUAUCCCGCUCGCCAGCAGCUAAUGGCGCUACCCCCUUCACAAUACCCCCCCAGUGCGCCCAAUGCGCCACUGGUGCUGAUGAACCCUCAGCAUUACUUCCCGCCGGGGUGUCCUCCCGAGCCCACGGAAGUUCGAUCAAAACGACCGCGAUAUCCCGCGGCGUCCCGCGGUGGCUACAACACGAAUGCCGCCAUAUUAAGGCAACUACAUGCAGUUGCCACCACUCUCGGCCACACAACAGUGGCCAGUGGUGAUCCUACGACCUCCCAUCCCGAUUCCCCAGCAUACCUGGACCCGAUAUGGGAUGACGAUGUGAGUGAAGCGGACAACCGCGCAUCUCAUACCGUCUCGUUGGGAGGAAUCAUCGUACCUCCCGCUUACUUGCAUUCCUCUACAACUAGAGGCCACACCGGCACAUCCGCCGUUGCUGAAUCGACUACGUCGACUACCGGGUCCAAUCACCCGCAUCACAUUCCCCCUGAGGACAUAUCCAUGUCCCCCGUCAUUGAUUAUGACUCCGGCAUCUCUACGCCACCUUAA